AAACCCGGAAGGAGCGAAAAGGAAGGCAGUACUGGAAACUGUCUCUAUGUAUGUGUAUGUCUACGGCCUACAUAACUGGUGACAAUGGAUUGGCUUUAAUUUGAUUUUGUCGAGCCACUCGUGCCGUCCUUCCCGGCAUCCCGCAAACGAAAAUUCUGCUGGUUCUGACCGCCUGAUCGGUUUCCAGGAUGGCUAGAAUAGAGCACAAAGUAAAAGAACUGAGAUUGUGACACUAAAUUGUCACCCUAAUGGAGGCCGUCACUCGGAAGUAAGCUCAAGGUUCCGAGGUCAGCCGUCAUCUUGAUCGUGAUAGAAUUAGAAGACAGCUCGAGCACCCGCACCAUUGGCACCAUCGAUGCCCUAAAGGUCAGCAGCUCCGGGGACAGGAAAUCGUACGUCGAUAAUUAAAACAUAAUGCAAUCUGCAGGAAUUGUUGGCUUGUGAAAAAAAGUAGCCCCCGGGACGCUGACAAAACAAUCUUUAAGACUUCAUCGCCAAGUGGCCUUAACGUACAUUUCCAUCAAGUACUUCUGUCGUGCGGCGAAGGACCGAAUCUCUCGGUACAGACGCCAUCUGAUUCGUUGAGCCGGUCCACACGGAGGGCGGAGCUACGCGAGCAUAAAUGCAUUGAAGUGGAACCAAUUCAUAGCCCAUCAAGAGAGCAUGGCACAGCAUACCAAGAGAAGCGAAGAGAGUCACCGCGGGGGUUUUAUGCUGCGCUAUGGUUUAUGCUAUAGGAAAAGAGUCAUAUUUAGGGGAAAAUAGAGAGCUUGAGAGAGCGACCCAUGAGGAAGCUUCUCAGUUAUGCUGUACACAUAGAAGCCUAGCGGGUCAUAGAGGUUCGCCGAGGAUGCAGUCUUCGAUCAGUUCACAUUGCGCACUCGACCCGGUAGGACGCGCGACCGCAAAGCCAAGGUUGAGUGAAUAUUUAACCAGUCGUCUGGACGGGAAUCGAGAAUGUUAUCGAGCGAUGUAGUAUAAUUUAAACGUGUCGUACAAUCAUCGAUCUAUGACGUGGUUUAGCAAUAAAGUUAAAACGGAACGUUGUGACGUGACUGUGAGAUUGUUUUGAUAUUCAUGGUGGAUUACAGAACAAACUGUACAAGAGAAGUGUGUUGUUCGUGCCGUACUUCAUUGAUUUAAUGUGGGCCGAAUACGAAGUGGACCAACGUCAACAAAACGAAAUUGAAUUAUUGUGCCCAAAAUUCAAUUGAUCCCUUUGGUUCAAGUUCUCGCGACCAAGUUGACGAUCGAGAGAGUGAUUGCGAAAACGGCGCAAGUUUAUUAAGACAUCAGCCCAAACUGACAGCGCAAAAGACAACAUGGUGAUUGUGCAAUCGAACGUGAUCAACUCGAGCGGUGGCGGUGGACAGCUCGGUAUGGACUGGGACAUUAACGAUCCCAGUGUACCGAUCGUGACGGAGUCAGACUAUUAUGCAUUUAACGAGUGGAGUGAUGGUCACUGUCGCUACAUCUAUCGAGGCACGAGCGAAGAGGCAAAGCGCCAUUCGUCCGGCUGGGCGAUGCGCAACACCAACAACCAUAACGUGAACAUCCUGAAGAAAAGCUGCCUGGGGGUGUUGGUCUGCUCGGCCGGCUGUAUCCUGCCGAACGGGGACAAAAUCCAUCUCCGGCCGGCCAUAUGCGAUAAGGCACGGCGCAAACAGCAAGGCAAGGCGUGUCCCAACAGAUUAUGCAUUGGAGGUAUUUUGGAGAUUCUUCCAUGCCGAGGACAUUGCGGCUAUCCGGUGACACACUUCUGGCGCCACACGCCACAUGCGAUAUUUUUCCAAGCCAAAGGGGUCCAUGACCAUCCGCGCCCCGAAGCGAAGUCAUCUGGUGAGACACGUCGUGUGUUGGGACUUGGACGGCGUGAGCGAGUACUUCGGACAGUGCAAUCAAAAAUGAACAAGAUUAAUGGGAUUAAACAGCCCAGGAAGUCUUCAAAGCAACAUUACACCAUCGCAAAAGCAACGAGCUACAGUUCCAUUUCCUCAAAUGAAGUCGUCAAGUCGCCGGACUCGUCCUUCGAAGACAGCAACUAUCAGAUGGAUUAUCUGACUGGAUCGUCUGCACCUAAUGGCUGUACCUAUAAUGUAAACCAUCAUCCUCCAGUACAACAGCAGACGCACCCGAUUCAGCAACAACAGCCACUACAAUGUCCACAAAACCCGCCGCAAGAUUACACACAGAACUGCUUUUACGAUACUAACUUCAUCCAUCCGGAGGAAAUCUUCCAACUGGACCAACCGCUGCGACCAAUAGCCAGUUCCGGCAACAAUAAGUACCAGUCACAGCAGCAUCCAAGCGGCCCACCCACCGGUAACAUGUUCGAUCUGGACCUUGGAGCGGACGGCAAGUCCUCCUACAGCGGUAAAAGUGACCAAUUUUCCACCUACCGUGGACCAGAGUACGCCACCACCGGCAUUGGACGGUACUUUGACUGCGUCAAGUACGAAAGCAAUACCGAUACGGACACGGCCAGCCUUACCAGCAGCGGGUGCUCGAGCGUGCUCGACGAUAUUGCGUACUACGCAAGUCCGCAGGUCGAUUAUCAGAACAACAACCACACCAAUAACAACUCCCUUGCACAACUGGACAUGAACAAGAUCGGUCUGCGUGCGUGCGAUGGCAUCAAUUCGUUCUUUAUUAGCCAAUCAAGUUGCGUGUCACCGACGACUAAUGAUCACAAGUCGUCUGACCCGGGCCAGCACACUCAUCAGCAGCAGCAGCAACUGGACGCGUACGGGACACUAAGCUACGAGAAUUACAGUGCGUCUUCCUCCCCGAAUGCGUCCCAGCUGUACGGGAGCUACGACACGACGGUCGGACAACCUUUGGGCCAAUCGUUGACUCAUACCUCCACCUCGCCCCACUCGACCGAUGGACGGAUGGUACCGACGACUCAGAUGGUUGGUGCUGCUCCCAUGUCUUCUUGUGACAUGUCCCCUCAGCAGCAGCAGCAGCAGCAUCAACAACAGUGUAAUAGCACGGUGGGUUCAAUGAGUGAGACAACGACAGCGGACAAUGGUUGCUGGUGGAAUAAUAGCUUCUUCCAGACAACUUUGGGAACAUCUGCGAGUGGUACGGAUGGAUGGAACCAGGCGUAUCACGAAAGCACAGUACCCGUCGGCAAUCAUAACCACCACCAGCAGCAGCAACAGUUAGACCAGCAAUACUACGGCCUAGAGCAGUGUGAAUAUCUCAGCUAGAUGGGGUAAACAACCCUCCUUUGUAGAUAGCGUUGGAAGAUGAUCUCUUAUGUUGUCGACUUUGUUACUCUACUUGCAUUUAGUGUGAGGCUCGAUAGGUGACCUGUCACUGCGUUAAUCAUUCCGUACUGAUCUAUUGAUCAUUUUGUGUUAGUCGUUAAGCAUUGUCGCAUUUCUGUUCAUAGACUAAGGGGAGCAAUCGGCUUCGAUGAAACGUAAAUCAAAGUACCAAGGUGGGAUGUCUUAGUAUAAUUUUAGUGUGUUUUUUUAUACAUAUAAUGCUAGAUCUAGCAGAAGGGACUUUUUGUAUCUCUCUAACAUGCUCUCCAAGGAGUCACACCUACCACACAUUCACCACCGGCCUCACAGUCUGAUAUUUUUUGUGGAACACUUUAGCCUCCGAAGACAAGGAUCAGGGCGAUCGGUGAAUGAACGCACCAGUGUUUCGAAGAAUGGCUGAUUAGUUUUGUAAGGGUUUGUUUUGUUGAAACAGUUCUAGUCACUGGAGUAUCCAUUAUAUUUGUGAAAAUAAAU